GUCAGCCCUCAUUGGCUGUCGGUGAUAAUCGGUCAACAAGCGGACCGGAGAGAGGCUGGAGGGCUCAGGGCAGCAUGUUUACAGCUACUCAUACUCCUAAUUAGUUCUCUUAGACUAUUUACUCGCUUCUUUUUUUUAAAUCCCGAAACGACAGUGAGCUCGUUUCAGGGCGGACAAUGUUUUUGUGUCGCACGGGGAGGCUGUCUGCAGCGGCUCUGGAUCAGGCUUUCAGGUCAACGGGCUCGUUUCUAGUGCAAGUUAAAGCAAACAGACUGAGGGACGUCACUUUGACAUUACGCAAGGACUACACGUCUCAGGGACACCGGUGUUUCUGUGCAUCCGUCGGGGGUGGCGACUCAACUCGUGCGCACCUGCGGAAACAACAACAACAACAACCACAACCAGACCAGAACCGGGACUCAUCGUCUGGUUUUGUCAUCGCGGACUGGGGUCACUCGGACCGGGUGGCUGUGAAUCUCUCCAAACGCGUGCAAAGUGAAGGCGGUAAUAGAGAUAUUGGCAGACAGCCGCUGGUCCGUGCGAACAGGCGCCACAGCAGCGGAGGAGAGCCGGUUGGUAAUGUUUUGUUUACAGGUAACUGGGGGGUUUCCAGUCUACGCUGCUCCACCAGGACCAUGCAGACCAGAGCCUCGUCCACGACGAAGCGCGACCCCGGCGAGGAACAUUCGGUUGACAGCAACAAAGGGGAGGAGCAGAAUUUAAAGGAGGCCUCUACAACCUCCUCAUCCACCUUGAAUGCCCCGAGGGAGCCAGAGGCAGGAAAACCCAACAAGACCCAGCAGUUAAAGAAAGUCUUCAAAGAAUAUGGAGCAGUGGGAGUUUCCUUUCACAUCUGCAUUUCCCUCAUGUCCCUGGGAAUGUUCUAUCUCCUCAUAUCCAGUGGGAUCGAUAUGACGGCCGUGCUGUGCAAACUGGGCUUCAGCGAGGCGGUCGUUCGGUCUAAAAUGGCAGCAGGGACGAGCACGUUCGUCUUAGCCUACGCCAUCCACAAGCUCUUUGCUCCAGUUCGCAUCAGCAUCACUCUGGUGUCUGUACCUCUCAUCGUGCGCUACUUCAGAAAGACUGGUCUCUUUAAACCACCUACGCCUGCACCCUGAUGACCCUUCUCUACUCCUCCGCUGUCUCAUUAGGCAACAGACAUCCUGACUGUUAAUGGCCAUAAUUAAAACGCGUGUAUACAUUCUUACUCAUUGCCUUCAUCUAGAAAUGCCUCGUCUUUUCUCAGUUGUCGUUGUGAAUUCAGUUUAAGUGUAUUUAGAGUCAUGCCUUAAUAUGUGUGCAUUCCAAAAACCAGAAAACUAAAACUAAAAACUAUUUAUUUACAAUCAGAAGUAUGAUCAGGGAUUUUAAGUUGUAGUCAUAAGCUCUUUCAGUAGGCAGGUUUGUCUCUCAAUGCUGUGAAUGUUCCCUAUGGGGACAAGAGGAAAAAGCUGAUCUCCCCUCCACUGUUCGCUGACUAGGCCAUGUUCUGGUGUUAUGUGAAUCAGCAGAAUCUCUCUCUCCCUCCCUCUCUCUCUCUCUCUCUCUCUCUCUCUCUCUCUCUCUCUCUCUCUCUCUUUAUAUCACUUUGUUGUUCCUCUCCUAUCCUCACUUUUUCUCCCCAUCUUCUUUCCAUCUUGUUCUUUUCUUCUUUUAUUGCAAGCUAUGGAUGAAGACUGUUGGUUUGUCUUUCUCUCUCUCUCUCUCUCUCUCUCUCUCUCUCUCUCUCUCUCUCCUUAUAUCACUUUGUUGUUCCUCUCCUAUCCUCACUUUUUCUCCCCAUCUUCUCUCCAUCGCUAUGUAUGAAGACUGUUGGUUUGUGAGGGGUUUUUUUUGUCUGUAUUUAACUAUUAAAAGGGAUGUUCUCUAUUA